CAAGAAGAGUGUAUAAUGUAGUUGUUAGCAAUUGGAAGGCAAGCAAGAGAAAAUGGAGCAGGAAAUGGAAUCUUGGUCCGAAGGAGAUAACCUCCCGAUGUGAAGCCACUGGUUCUCAGACGAUAGUGAGGAUUACGUCGAGAUAACUCUCGACAUUCGAGAAGAUAGCAUCGGCACACUGAAUGUGGAAAAAAAUAAGCCGAUGGCAGUUCUCAGGUCGGUGGUUUCGGGGAAGCUGAAGACGAUGGUGAAGUCAAUGUCGUUGUCUUCCAGUCUUUCAUCUCGCUCCUCUCAGAGAGAGAGAGACGGAGAAGAUGAAGCUUGAGGAGCAAGAAAGUGACAUUUUGUUUGAGACAUAUGAUGAAGAAAGCUAAGUCGAUGUCUCCUGUAAUGAUCAAGAUGAAAUCUCCAGAAAUUCUUCUCAAUUAUCAAUGAAACGAUUCCACUGCAUGGCCUCGAUGGUCAUUCUCUUGGGUCCGGUCAGUCAGCGGUCCGCUUCAUCGAGGAAAAUUUUACCUGGGUUGGAUCGAACCCAAUACUACUUUGGUGUCUAGAAUAAGCAGAAUAGUUUCUGCAUAAGGGGGAGGAAUCGAACCCGUAUGGUAGUUGCCAUCACAUGUCCGUCCUGCCACUUUGGAGUACCUCGUCCGGACAAGUUUCUUUCUUUUUCUUAUUUUUUUUUUUUUGAAUGAAAAUAAUAAAGUUUCUUCUCCGUUGAAAAUUCCGACAAUCUGUGGAUAUCUUAACCGGCCAUAAACCAACCGGUCUUUUGCGUUGCGUUGGCCCACAACAAUGGAGUACCUCCUAAGAAAACAAAAUAUCUCUUCUAUCGCCUCUCGAAAAACCUAACCUAGCAGGCGCAGCUGUCACGCCAUGGACGUAUCCGCGAACAAUGUUAUUCAAUUCUUCUUCGAUCCUUAUCAAUGAAUUGUUUCUUCUUCGUAGAAUUUUCUGAUUAAAUCUUUUGUACGUACCUUAGGGUCUGGAAUUGAACGGUGGGAUAAUUCGAAAUAGCAGUAUUAUUAGCAGGAUGGUGGUUGAGGGAUACGACACCUCCCCUCCUAGGAAGGAUGUCGAAGAGGCUCUGAAACAACACUUCGCAUCACAUGGAAUAAAGUUAAUACAUGCCUCUGUUAACAUGGACGACAAUUUUUGUAGUCGCAGAUGCGCCUUAAUCUAUGUUAAUGGAGAAUGCGAAGCAGAGGCGUUGAAGCUUGAUGGAAGUGACAUGGGAGAAGGACGUAUUUUGAAAAUCACGGCUUACCCUUUUGACGACAAUAGCCUUGAGCAUGUCUUUGCUCCUACCGAAGUCAUAGACGAAUACCGACCGCGCACGUUGAAAGUUACAGGAUUUGAUACUUCCCUCUCUCCGAAGGAUAUCAAGAAGAUGCUAUGUAGGGUUUUCCCCGGAUCCAGUUGUGCUUCUGUCAGUGACGGCUCAGCUUUGCUUCAUCUCCGUGGACCAUAUGCUAUGGACGAGGCUCUGAAACUUAGCGGAGGUUCUGUGGAAGGCUUUAAAUUUGCAGUUACUGAGGUCUUCCCAGAAAUUGUGAUGCAGGCUGGCAUCUCUCGCGCAAGCUUUUUGGGAUCCUAAAGCCAAUCAGAAGAUCAAGACUACGAACUAGAAAUCUCUCUCUCAAAUGCUGUCUCGUGUUAUUAACUUGUGUCAUGCAAUGCCACCUUCUUCUUUUCUCUUGUCUGUAUCUUGAAUGUUAUAUUUUUAUUCGUGUGUGUUGUUUUUUAUGAUAAAACUCUGUAAAAACACUAUGACAAACUUGGUUGUCCAAUCAAUAAUCAUUAUGGUAACUUGGUUUGUUAAUGUGUCAAA